UUCACGCGGUGUUUUUGGGAAGGGGAGGAUGAGUUUCUCGCCUCUGUCCUUCUCUAGCGGGCUCUCUGAGCGACUCACGCCGGCCAGGAUGUGGCAGCUGGCGGGUCUUAUAGCGAAGAGCGAGCAUCCGCAGCCUUCACCCGCCCUCAUCACCCCUCUACUGGAACUGUUGGUGGGAGGAGCGUUUGAUGCCAGGGACAACCUCCUCAUUAGAGAGCCGUCCAUCCUUCUCCUCCUGGUGGAGCUGCUGCCACACCUCUCAGAGGAGAUACAGAUAGAGCUCUGGUCCUCGGUGGGAGGGAUCCUGCAGGGGAGUCUGUGGAACGUCCAUAGCUGUAGACAUCUCCACCUCAUCGAGAAAUGCCUUCACUCCCUCCAGAGAACCAGCUCCGUCAAAGUAGCAGGGCAGCUGGUGAAGGUGUUGGAGAUGCUGGGGACGUACAAUGUGGCAGUCAAAGAGUUAAAGUCUAUUCUGUCGUAUCUCUACACCAACCAGCUAUGGGCUCCUCACUGCGUGUUACUGGUGGAGGCUCUCAACAAUAUUCUGCUCAGUGUCCAGCCUGACGUGUUCUUCAAUUUCUCCGGAGCCCAGGGAGCGGCGCUAACUCUGCCGCCAAUAUCAAAAUGGCCGACGCAGUCUGGGUUCACGUUCUUCACCUGGCUUCGUCUGGAAAACCCGUUUGACUCCCAGCGAGAUUACUACAAACCUGUCGUAUACUGGUUCCGUACCGGGAAGGGGUAUGGGUUCUCUGCUCAUUUCAUCGGGAACACGCUGGUCCUGGAGACGGCCGGUCGGAGCCACAAGAAGCCACAGACACAUCCUCUCCCCAUCUCUUUCCUCCACAACCAGUGGUACAUGCUGGCAGUGAGCUACAACUACCGCAGGCUGAGGAGCAGUGAACUCGAGUGUUACGUCGACGGUCAGCAGGUCCUCAGUACCGAAGUCUCCAUGCCCAGCAGUGACGACAUCUAUGACAAGUGUUUUCUGGGAAGCUCGCCGUCUGCCACGCCAGACACCACGUUCCAGGGCCAGAUGACAGCUGUCUAUCUCUUCAGAGAGAGACUGAAUCGAGAGACGAUGGCCGCCCUCCAUCUCCUGGGCCCUGGGUACAAGAACCAGUUCAAGUUUGAUGCUGAGACAAACGUUCCCCUCACAGACCACCAGAGAAAGUUGUUGUUUGACGGUCGGCUGUCAGAGGCGGUCGUCUUCUCCUACAAUGCCAAGGCAGUGGACGGGCAGCUGGCUAUGGAGUCAUCUCCCCUGGAAAACUCCUCCCCCUUUGUCCACUCACCCCAUGCCACCAUACUCGAGGUC